CAUGAUGUCUCAAUACACACAAAUAGCUGCAAUGCCGAGCGCAUUGGUGUGCGCACAAGCAUUUCCGCCCCUGCUCAAGCAGGCUGGUGGAGUCGCCAAAGACUACUUGGCUUUGUGCAGAGCACUGAUUGAUGGCCUGGGCUGGCACGUCACUCUUGUUUCACCUGUGAACGUCCGAGAGUCGGGCGAAGCCGACGUGCUGAGAUGGCUGCAGAGCGGCCAGCUGGUCCAUGCUCCGGCCUGGGCAUUAGAAGCCUCCAACAACCUGGGCGUUGCUGUUUUCAUGGACUUUUUCUCCACCCACAACACUGCAACUCUUGUGCAGCAGCUGCUCUUUGGAGGUCACAGUCUUUGCUUCCUGGAUGACAGCUGUAUGCGCAUUGCUCCGUUAAUGCUUAUGCGUGGCUUGGGUAUCCCAAGCAUUGCAACUACCCAUUCCGAUGUGCCUUCACAUCCUGUCUAUCACGAAUCAAUUAUGAUGAAGAUGCUUUGGUGGCUUCAUUUAGCAUCAGCAUUUUUUGCAACGGCACAUGCUUCAGUGGCGAAAGUCUAUGCCAGAUCACUCUGGGAGAGAUAUCGAGUUCCAGUCCAGUGCACUUGGCCUCCAGUCCUGUGGUCCGAUGAAUUCCGCCAGCCACUCCACGUCUAUGAUCAAGCUGCGUCCCAGAAGAGAGCCAGCUGGAUCCAGAAGUUUGGCUUCAGGCCGAAGGCCAUAUUCCUCUUCGCUGGGAGGUGGUCAGCAGAAAAGCGUAUUCAUUUGCUGCUGGACGCUGUUCCAGAAGACUGUGGCCUUGUCAUAGUGGGCGACAGUGAUGCCGACUAUGCGGAUCAGAUCGAGGCAAGCAGGCGGCGAAAUGUGCUUCCUCAGAGAGGCAUGCUUGGAGCGCAAGAGCUUCGCAUCGCAUACGCUGCCAGCGAUCUCUUCGUUUCUGCGAGCACUUGCGAGACGCUUGGAAACACGGUGGUGGAGGCAUGGAGCUCUGGUACCCCAGUUGCGAUUCAGCCGGCCGGAGGUCAUUUGGAGUUUGUCAAGGACAACGAAAACUCUUACCUCGUUGAUUUCGAUGACAGCAACCUUGCGCGGGAACAUUUGGCUUCGAUUGUUGCCGGAGGCACAAUGGCUGCAGUGGAACCGGCUCUCUCGAAGAUGGGGGAGCAUUUCCGCACGCUGAACUUUGCAGCUGAGAUCAAGAGGUGCUUGGUGGAUCCACCCCUUCAAGCGGCAGCGCCUCGCUCUGGAUGGCGCUGGCCCGUGGAGAUGCUCUUCCGGGCGCUACUAAUUCUUGCAUGUUGCCUGGUCUGGCCAGUGACGACAGUUUGGUCUCGUGCAUACUUCGCGCUGUCAUGCGACCCAGUAUACAGGUACGUUGAGCCAGGCACAGCCAGCGAACCAGCCGCAGAUGCCAAAGUUCGAGGAGCCGCGCGCAGCAUGUAUGAAGAUUCCUGCUGUUCCACGUCGGUGUCGGACCCGCAUUUGGGCAAAUGCGAUGAAAGCGCAAGGCCACUCUGCUCUGACGUAGCUGCUCCAAGCGAUGAUUCUUUCGUUUGAGCUUCAAAGCGGUGUCUGUGAGCCCGCUCUAGCGUUGCCAAACGAGCUCGCCAAACAGAAAAGAGCCCAUGAUUCGUGUCGGGUUGCCGCCGCAGAAAGCUCACUGACGAUGUGUUGUGACGAAUCUGGACAUGCAGAUAGGUGC